GUGUAUAAAACCUACCGUCCCUUUAAUGAGUCAACGUAAUUAACCUCUUAACUAUUCUGUAGGGUGAUGGUGGGGGCCUUGGGGUUAGGGAUUUUGGACCCACCAAUCUUGUACACCGGUAUAAAAAGAGCAGUCCCGCACUAGAGCGUUUAAAAUUGUAUACGGAGUAUUGAAAAGUAUAAACCCUAGGUUCUCAGUUUCCACCUCAGAUUCGCAUCGCCUGGGUGUGAAGGGAGAGGAGGGAAAGGCAGCCGCAGCCAUGAGUUUGGUAGCUAAUGAAGAUUUCCAGCACAUUCUGCGUAUCCUGAACACCAAUGUUGAUGGAAAGCAGAAGAUCAUGUUCGCCCUCACUUCCAUCAAAGGUAUUGGCCGCCGUUUCGCCAACAUCUGCUGCAAAAAAGCUGAUAUUGACAUGAACAAAAGGGCUGGUGAACUUUCUGCAGCAGAAAUUGAGAAUUUGAUGACAGUGGUUGCGAACCCAAGGCAGUUCAAGAUCCCUGACUGGUUUCUCAACAGGCAGAAGGAUUACAAGGAUGGGAACUACUCGCAGGUUGUCUCCAAUGCGUUGGAUAUGAAACUUAGGGAUGAUCUUGAGCGUUUGAAGAAAAUUCGGAAUCACCGUGGUCUGCGACACUACUGGGGUCUUCGUGUACGUGGACAACACACUAAGACUACUGGGCGCAGGGGAAAGACUGUUGGUGUCUCGAAGAAGCGUUAAACAUAGUUUUCAUUUAUACCCAUUCUGUUUUAUUUAGCUGCUCUGUUUUUUAGGUUUUGGUUUCAUAUACCAUGAAUGGAUGAAGUUCUUUACCAUGGACCUAUAUUUCUUAUCUUGGGAAAGAGGGACCCUUCACAUCUUAACUU